AUGAACACGGCAUCGCAUCGGCAGUUGGUGACGGCACCCGGUAUUGAUCAACUUGACGACUUGUUUGUUAACGAGCGUCGCGCUUAUUUGGCCCCAAGUUGUAAACAAGUUAUUGUUAUGGAUAUAACAACAGUGGAAAAGCUCAAGUACUGCGUGUUGGAAUUGUCUAUCAAUCGAUUACAGCAGCAGUUUAUAAAGGCACGUCUGCACUAUGCACAAGACUGA